CUCUGCUCCCGCGGCUCGACCUAGCUGCACUCGGCUGAUGAAGCACUCCACGUGACACCCUUGUCGGGCCAACAUGGCGGCGGCCGCAGGACCUUCAUUUUGGCUGGGGAAUGAAACCCUGAGGGUGCCGCUGGCACUCUUCGGCCUGAACCGGCGGCGCCUGUGUGAGCGUCUGCGGAAGAACUCGGCUGUGCAGGCUGGCUCUGUGGUGCUGCUGCAGGGCGGGGAGGAGACGCAGCGCUACUGCACCGACACCGGGGUCCUCUUCCGCCAGGAGUCCUUCUUUCACUGGGCGUUUGGUGUCACCGAGCCAGGCUGCUACGGCGUGAUUGAUGUCGACACCGGGAAGUCGACCCUGUUUGUGCUCAGGCUUCCCGCUAGCUAUGCCACCUGGAUGGGAAAGAUCCAUUCCAAGGAGCACUUCAAGGAGAAGUAUGCCGUGGACGACGUCUGGUACACGGACGAGAUUGCCACUGUCCUGACGUCACAGAGCCCCUCUGUCCUCCUCACUCUGCGCGGCGUCAACACGGACAGCAGCAGUGUCUGCAGGGAGGCCUCCUUCGAGGGCAUCAGCAAGUUCAAUGUCAACAACACCAUUCUUCACCCCGAGAUCGUGGAGUGCCGAGUAUUUAAGACAGAUAUGGAGCUGGAAGUUUUGCGCUACACCAAUAAGAUCUCCAGUGAGGCACACCAGGAGGUGAUGAAGGCUGUAAAAGUGGGAAUGAAAGAGUAUGAGAUGGAAAGCCUCUUCGAGCAUUACUGCUACUCCCGAGGCGGCAUGCGCCACAGCUCCUACACCUGCAUCUGCGGCAGUGGUGAGAACUCAGGCGUGCUGCACUACGGACAUGCCGGGGCUCCCAACGACCGCACGAUCCAGGACGGAGACAUGUGCCUCUUCGACAUGGGUGGUGAGUAUUACUGCUUCGCUUCCGACAUCACGUGCUCCUUUCCUGCCAACGGCAAGUUCACCGCAGACCAGAAGGCCAUCUACGAGGCGGUGCUGCGGAGCUGCCGCGCUGUCAUGAGUGCCAUGAAGCCAGGCGUCUGGUGGCCUGACAUGCACCGCCUGGCCGACCGCAUCCACCUGGAGGAGCUGGCCCGCAUCGGCAUCCUGAGCGGCAGCGUGGACGCCAUGGCCCAGGUCCACCUGGGAGCCGUGUUCAUGCCUCACGGGCUGGGCCACUUCCUGGGCAUUGACGUGCAUGACGUGGGCGGUUACCCCAAGGGCGUGGACCGCAUUGACGAGCCCGGCCUGCGGAGCCUGCGUACUGCACGGCACCUGGAACCGGGCAUGGUGCUCACCGUGGAGCCGGGCAUUUACUUCAUCGACCACCUCCUGGACGAGGCCCUGGCAGACCCGGCCCGCGCCUGCUUCUUCAACCGCGAGGUCCUGCAGCGCUUUCGGGGUUUUGGCGGGGUCCGCAUCGAGGAGGACGUCGUGGUGACUGGCAGUGGCAUGGAGCUGCUGACCUGCGUGCCUCGCACUGUGGAGGAGAUUGAGGCGUGCAUGGCGGGCCGUGACAAGGCCUUUACUCCCUUCUCUGGCCCCAAGUAGAGCUGGCUGGAGUGCCCAGCAGGACUGGGUGCCCGCCUUGCACCUUCUCUGGACACCGGUCAGCCUGCCGAUUGCCUGGCCCUCCGGUGGCAGGAGAUGGUGCUGAGAAAUGAGAACCCGGCACUGACAUUGGAUCAUACCGGAGAGUGCGGUUUCCUCGGGAAAAAAGCUUUUUUUAUUAAUCUUCUGCAAGAUUACGUCUGUUAUGCACUUUGCUUAGAUGACCCUGGUUCUUAAAAUGCUGAUAGAAAAUAAUCCUGUUUUUAGUAGCAGCUACAACAUGUCUCGCUGCCGUUUGUGUGUGUGCCUUUUCUCUCCAAAAUCAAUAUGUAAUAAAGAUUUUCUAACGUGGCCCUCGGGGCACGGCUGCCUCUUCCUCCUUCAUCCUUUGCAGGUGAGCACGGUGUGCAUCUUGGGACCCAUGCAUCUUGCAAGGAUGGCUCCCCUGGUGUCAGCAUCAAGGGCCAGUUCUCGGGAAGCAGUGUCAGCGGCACAGGCCCUCCGAACUCUGCCUCAGACUGGCCUGGUGGGACAGGGUGGAGCCCCUCCCGGAAGCCUGCUCUGAGUGCCGGGGUCUCUGCUGGGCUUCCGUCACUCUGUCGCUGGCUGCACUGCUGCCCGGGUCUAACAGGCAUCAGCGCCACUGGAGCACUUGG